UCAAUCAGGAAGAAGAAAUAGAUUUUUUUUUAAAAAUAACAAAUAUUGAGAUGUUGUUUUAUCAUUUUUGUGAUAACUGGUAAAUACUAAUAAUCAGUUUCGCUUAGCAUGAUGUUUCAUAAUUUUUCCUUUUAUUUUUUUUUUCUUUUAGGUCAGCAUGUAAAAUGUAAAAAUUCAAUCCAAAAGUUUCAUUGAAAAACAAAAAAAAAAUAAAAAAUUCUUCCUUUAUCCAGAGUUUGGAGCUUUGAAGAGGCCAACAAUGGCGAGAGCAGUGGGAGUGCUGAGAGUUGUGGGAGUGAUGGCGAUGCCUUCUUCUAUCCCUCUUAAACCCCAUAUUUCUUUCUUCCACAACCGAACUUCUUUGUUCCUCAGACCCCUCUCUGCUGUCUCUGCCUCUGUCGCCUCUUCCACUGAGCUUCUAACGCCGAAUUCAAUAGAGAGCUUCAAUAUCAGCCUUCAACCUUACUUGUCCUGUUGCAUGCCCCAUAAACGCUUCAGGGUCGCUGUGUUGGUCAGUGGUGGAGUCGAUAGUAGCGUUGCUCUUCGCCUUCUUCGCGCAGCUGGACACUCCUGCACCGCUUUCUAUCUCAAAAUUUGGUUCCAAGAAGAUUUUGAGAAUUUUUGGUCAGAAUGCCCCUGGGAAGAAGAUUUGAAGUAUGCCAAAGCUGUUUGUAGUCAGGUUGAUGUUCCAUUAGAAGUUGUGCAUUUGACGGAUGAAUACUGGGAGAAUGUGGUGUCUUACAUUAUUGAUGAAUAUCGAUGUGGCCGUACUCCUAACCCUGAUGUUCUUUGCAAUACAAGAAUAAAAUUUGGUGCAUUCAUGGAUGCAAUCAGCAAGAUGGACUUCGACUAUGUGGCUUCUGGACAUUAUGCAAAUGUUAUCCAUUCAAGUAGAAGUCAGACAGACAAUAUUACUGUUUUAGAACUAUCAAAUGAUAUGGUGAAGGAUCAGACAUACUUCCUUUCACAUCUUUCUCAGGCCCAGCUUAAGCGACUAAUCUUCCCACUUGGCUGUGUCUCAAAGGAAGAAGUUCGCAAACUUGCCACCAAGUUCGAUUUGCCUAACAAAGAUAGAAAGGAUUCGCAAGGAAUAUGUUUUCUUGGGAAGAUAAAGUUCAGUGAAUUUGUUGCAAGACAGAUAGGGGAGAAGGAAGGUAUCAUUUUAGAAGCUGAAACGGGAGAUUUACUUGGAAAGCAUAGGGGGUUUUGGUUCUAUACAAUAGGUCAACGUCAAGGUCUACGCCUCCCAGGAGGACCCUGGUAUGUUGUUGAGAAAGAUGUUAGAAACAAUGUAGUUUUUGUCUCAAGAAAUUACUUUUCAUUUGACAAAAGAAGGCGGCUUUUUCGUGUUGGUUCCUUGAAAUGGCUUAGUGGGUUGCCCCCAAAUCACAUCUCUCAGCUACGGUGCAAGGUGAGACAUGGCCCUGGUUUUUAUAAUUGUAGCUUAACAAUGGAAUCUGGUAAAGAUAGCCAUGAAGAUGUUGCAGUUGUCCACUUAUCUGAAGAUGACCAGGGCCUGGCAGCUGGUCAGUUUGCUGCCUUCUACCAGGGAAAAACUUGCUUGGGCUCAGGCAUUAUUUUGGAAUCUUGGGAUGAUCAAGGGUUUCCUGUAUGUGCAAAAGCUCUUGAAAUUGCAAGAAUGGAAGAUAAAUCACUACUUGGAAAACCAGUUAAGAUAAAAGUGAAACCAGAGAAGACUCAUUUUAUGGAAGCCAAUCAGAAAGGUGUUAUUGAACUUAAUAGAGGACAGAGUUCCCGAAGCGCCUCUGCUGCCAUCAAACAACGCAGCCAAGCAUCUCAAGGAGAAGUAAUUUCCAGAUUUCCCAUGAAGUUGCUGCAAAAGUUUCGACAGAAGUGGUUAUGGUUUUUCUAAUUUUUUUUAUGCAAGCAAUUAGGAGUUAUACAGUCAUGGAAAAUUCUUAAACGGCAAUACAGCAGAGAUUUUGAUACUUGGAAGUGUUGGCUUUGGUGAUGUAUAGAAGAAAUUGGACAAUUCAUAAUGUAUAAUGCAGUUUGUAAUUGUAAUGGGGUACAUUAUUUUCAAGCAUUCUAAUAAUAAACUGCUUAGUCUGUGCCAAUUUUGUGCA